AUGGGCUGGAUGUGGUUUUCGAGCGGAUCAACUGCUGAAGAGGGUACUGAGGCCUCUAAAGACGCGUCAAGUUCCAGCGUUGCGCUCACAGACGAGCAGCGGAUUCGAAUUUUUGGAAAGCCUGGACCCGCCGUAGCAUCGACAAAACCGACACGCGAGCAACAAGCAGACUCCGAACUGGACGAAUUCAUCAAAUCGUUUGCCGCAUCAGAUACAGGCAGCGCAGCGCCUCAAGUGAUCGAUCCAGAUACUCCGCCGGAGAACACAAAGGUCGCGGAACAGCUGAGGAACAUUCCCGAUCGAGUACGCGCCGAUGGUUCCCUCGAUAUAUCGCCCGAUGCCGUAUAUCCACGCACAAUGUCUUGUCGCGCGCAAUUCGAUCAAGCGUUCUACUGUCAGUCUUUGGGCGGGAAAUUCAACGAUGUCUAUAGAUAUGGGCAUCUGAGGUCCUGUUCCGAGCAGUGGGGAGCUUUCUGGUUCUGUAUGAGGACGAGAACGUUGCCUGAGAAGGAAAAGGAGGAGCAGAUACGGGAUUAUUACAAAGCGCGUGAUGAACGGAGAAAGAAGGAGGGUGGAAGUAGCGAGGAUAUUUGGGAGCUCCGGAAGACUGCCGUCCCGAGGGCAUUCUGGAAGGACCCGAAUGCGGAUGCGGACGAGAGUGCGGUCGUGAAGGAGUGA